UGGUUCGAAGCGUUAGCCAGUCGGUUGUUAGUUUAUUUUAUCGUCUCCGCGGUGUACACGAGCAGCCAGUUCUCGCGCGCGCGAAGUUUUAUUACACACCCCGGCACGUUUCGACUCCGGGGUAGGUACGCGUAUAAAGGUACACGCGAAUGUAGGUACGUACAUAAAAUGUCCCGCACAUAGGACACGCGUGUGUAUACGUACGGGCGAAGUUGGGUGUACAUUAAAUAUACAGGGGGCAACGCGCCUCCCCAUUGCGCGCGCAAUUCCCAUUUACAGGUGAUGGAAACGCGGUAGCUGUGCGAUUCGGAUUUUGUCGUAGAUAUAUAUCUGAGCGUGAUUGUAGAGGAGGGGAAUAGAAGAUAACGAAGAGGAGGAAAGGAAAAAGAGGGUGAUCUGCCGCUGCAACCGCUUGCGGGGGUGCGGGAGGGGGGGAAGGGGGCUUUUCGAAGUAAGAAAUUAAUCGGACCCAACGGGAUUAGGAGAAAGAUGAUUUUCACGGGUGGAACAAACUACGAGUAUAAUCGAAAGAAUAAUUACAAAGGUGCGGGUGGCAACGAUGAAGUGGAGGAUAGAAAUGAUUGCUCUAACGGAAUUAUUAAUGAUAAAUUGGUCUUGGAUCGGGCAUGUACGUCAUCUAUCCGGCAGAAGAGCUCCUUGGAAUCUAUGAAAGUCCUGAACGAGCCGAUGGUAGCAGCUUACUGACCAGUAGUAGCAGGAUAUCGAGCCGCCGUCAGUGCCAAGUCUCGAACUGGAGUCAUAAAGACGUUAAAUUUGUCGACGCUAACGCAGCUAAGAAGAAACUAGCGAAAAAAAAAACGAUAACUUCCAAAUUGUCGUUUCGAAUUAGAAGUAAUAACGAUAACAAUAAUCGUGAUAACGAUAAGGGUAAUAAUAGUGGUGGUAGAAGUAUCGACGGGAAUAAACCCGUUAACAGGGGAGGUAACACAAAAGAGAUUAUGCAAAAUAAUCGUAACUCAACGGAGGAGGGAGCCGCCAAUCCCCUUAAGGACUUGACUCACGCAUCGCUCAACGAGCCGCUCAAACUUCACAAUGCCAACACCCUCAAACUCGUGCAAACUGUGUCGGAGUUCGCUCAGGAGUUGGGCGGAGCGAUGGAGAGUCACGCUGCAAAUGUGCGGCGUUUGGUUGACGAUUUUCGGGGACGUUCCGGCGAACCCAGGGGAGAUGCCGGCGGCAUGCGGAGGGCUUGGGAGAGCCUCUUGCGACAGGUGGAAGCCGACGCUGCGGCGAAUUUGGACCUCGCUGGCGUUCUCCAACAACAAUUGGCGAGGCCGACGCAGGAGGCCAGCUUCCAUCGGAAGAUCCAAUCCAGAAAGAUUUUCGCUCACCGAGAGGCGUACGAACAAGUCGUAAGCAAAACUGAAGAGAAACUUCAGAGGGCACGGGUUGAUUACAAACGUGCAUACGCGGCGUUGCUGAGCGUCGACGUCGAGGGCGGAGGCGAUCAUCAGGGACUGAAACGUGCCUACCUCGAAGCUCACAACAGUUACGUUCUUCAAUUGAGAGCCACGAAUGCGAUAACCGAACGUUACCAGCUCCACUGCCUGCCCAAUCUCCUCAGAGAAAUGACGGAAGUGUACGAGGAACUUUGCGGAUUAGCGGGAAGCUGCAUGGCCGGAAUCGCCGAAGCCGGAGGGGAACGCGCCACGGAUCAGGCGAGACGUUAUCAGAAUGUGGCUAAAGAAGCGAAGGCCGUAGUCCCGUCGAACGACCUCCACCUCAUAGCGAGAAGCCUCGUUCCAACCCCCGUAGCCAGAAAACCACCCAGACGACUGUUCGUGCCCCCGUCUCCUCCGGAACAGGUCGCGGUCGACAGACUGUCGCAGGUACCAGCUUUGAGGGAUGAACUCGUGCCGACCGGAACGAGCUCCCAACCCUUGAUGGAAGAUCUUAAGAGAGAAUCUGAUCGACUUACACAGGAAAUAAGCCGGCUGCAGGAUUCCCUUGACGCUCUUAUCCGCAUACAGCGAAAAAGCGCCGAAAGCAGCCUGUACACAAAAGCAGCUGAACUGCAAGAGGACAUUUCCCUGAAGCGUUUCGACCUGGGGGUCGCCCAUCUGCAACUAGCCGCUGUGCAAGCGCAGAAGGAGCUUUUCGGAGGUGGCGAAGCGGGACCACCCGAUGGGAUGAACGAUCGUAAGAUGUCCAAUGGAUCAACUGGAAGUACGAAGCACAAAUGGCUAAAAGCUUUCAAGAGCUUAAAAACGAGCUCUCCGACCACGACGCCGGUACCACCAGAAAAGGGAAAGCAAGCGAUGUAUCAUGCGGUGUCGACCGUCGUUGCGAUGUCAAGAAAAAAUCUGGAGUCCGAAGGCGGCCACGCUUGGAGGGAAUACACCUACCGCAAAAUAACCCCAUGCGACGCCUGCGGUCAAGUUUUACGAGGCCACAGCAGGCAAGGAUUCAGAUGUCGGGGCUGCAAGACGAACGCCCAUGCGGACUGCAUAAACUCUGUCCAACCCGCCAACUGUCCGAGUCUCGGAUCUAAACGGAGCGGCGGAAUACCACUGCUGAGGAGACAGCGGAGCACCGCGUCGCACAGCGAAGAUACGAACACCGCCGAUCACAACGUGGACGCGAUAUACCAGGUGCUGAAGCAGGCUGGCGAGAUUCGGGGGAACUCGACGAAUUCUCCUCCGACACCCCCAACGGCUGAUCAUCCUCCCUCUGGUGCGGCGGCACCCUUGGCUACGAGGACCUCUUCUUCCCAACCCUGUUCCUCGUCCACCUCUGCGCCCCAUAGUCCGCAACGUCGGAGGGAGCGAUUAAAUUUGAGGAUGAAGAGCCUCAGUCUGGACUCACCCGAAGGUUCAGCUCACACUCGUCAACGUCCUCGGGAUUAUUAUUCAACCGGACCUAGAGAAUCCACGCCACCCCGACACUCGGACAGCGGCGGUACCAGCCGAUUGUCUCCUUGCAGCCCCAGUCAAGGGCACGGGGGUCACAAAUUAUUGCGAAGUACAAUGCGGAUGUCUAGCAUGGAAUUGCCGGACGAGAACGAAAAAUCGUACUCUUCCGCCAGCACAUCGCCGUGCCCGUCUCCCCACGCUGCGAACGCUAAUCAUUUGAAUCCGUUCUCGUCGGGAAAACGCGUUUUACCGCCGAACAAUCUUUACGUUGUUCUCUACAACUUUAACGCUCGUCAUCGCGAUGAAUUGGACCUAAAGGCAGGGUACAAAGUGACCGUGGUAGACAGAUCGGACCCUGACUGGUGGAAGGGAAAAUGCUUGGGCGGAAGGGCCGGUUAUUUUCCGAGCGCGUACGUCAUGCGGGUUGAAUCGGGACAGAAGACCCUCCAAGUAACCCGGAACCUCCAGCUCGCCGAUCAAACGACUCUGCUCCGAGACCAGAUCGUCAUACAAAUCGGCGAGGAAGUCGACGGCGUCGCUAUGGUCAGAUGCGCGUCCAACGUCACGUCCGCGGCGGAUCAAUUUGGAAAAGACAGCGAACCGCGGUUGAAGGAAACCCUGUGUCCUCUCAAGUACCUGCAGGAGGUGUGACCCCCGCCCUCG